UCUGGCAACAUUGGCGAGUGCGAAAAUGCGUUGCAGUAAGCUUUAAACAAAGUGGAAAACACGCCCCGGAUCGAUAAAUGGGCGCCGAGCAUUCCCAGCAGCGGGCUGAGGCCGAUGGCCACGAGAUCUUCGAGGGACGCAAUCCGCCUGGAGCGGAUGGCCUUGCCGCUGAUGGCAGCUCGAUGGCCCUGGCGGCCGCUGCAGCAACGGCCGCAGCCAACAAGCGCCGUGGAGUGGGUCACCGUCAGCAGCAGCACCAGCAGCCGCAUCAGAUGAUGCCCAGCGGGAUUGGUGGUGGCCCAGCUAGCAUUGUGAUAGCCAGCAAGCAGAUCAUAGCUGAAGCAGCCUCGCCUGGCGGCUCCGAGCUGAGCAGACCGCCGUCACCCCCGCUAAGCGUUUGCUCCGACCUGCCGUACGUCUCCUACACGGACCGACCCAUCGGCGACUCGCCCAAGAUACGCAGCAAGCCGGCGCAUAUGCUGCAGCAGAGCAGUGCCAGCCGGGCGGCGGCCCGCAAGUCACAUCCGGGCGGAUUCACCACCACCGUGAAACCGAAGCGGCCACAGUCGACGGCCUCAAGCCACAACAUUGUGAUUGUGCGUCCGGGAGCCACCGAUGCUGGCGAGGAUGUGGACACAGACUUGGCCCGGCUACGUAACAUUCCGCAAUUCCUGCCCGUACUGCGCGAGUCGAUCACCUCGGCCACGUACACACGUGAUGCCGAGAUACUCGAGCGCCUGCACUCGCAGCACCUCAUCAACAUAUGCACCCGCAUGCAGACGCACCUGAAUCUGUGCGCCAGCUACGUGGCCAGCGAACAAAAUCACUUGGUGGAGCGCACCAAGGUGGUAAGCAACUCAAUAACAACGCUUUUCGCCGGCUUCGUUGACAUGCAGAAGACAUACGCCUCGUAUGCCGAACAGUUUGCCAAGAUACGCGGUGUCUCCCAUCAGCUGAGCCGCUGUAACUCGCUGCUGCACGAGAAUAUCGCAAGUCUGGAGGCCAUAAAUAACUUCCUGGACGACGAGGAUCGUUUGGAGCCGUUUAUCUGGCGAACCGAUGACAACAAGCUGCGUGGCGAGGCGGAGGGCGCCACCGGUGGCAACAGCAGUCGCCUGUGGCGUCUGUAGGGCAUCCUCCAGGAUUAUGGAGGAUGAGCCGUCUCCAAAGAUUUUCUUAGUCCGUAAUCCUUCGUGUAUUUAUUAUUGUGUAUAAUAUUCGUGUUAACAAUGCCACUUAAUCGUGAUUUUUAAUUAGUAAAUCCUACUUAAUAUUAUAUUAUGGAAGCUAAAA